GACAUGGAAACCAUAAAAUGGGACAUGGAAACCAUAAAAAAGGACACAGAAACCAUAAAAAAGGACACGGAAACCAUGAAAGGGGACAUGGAAACCAUAAAAUGGGACACGGAAACCAUACAAAAGGACCCGGAAACCAUGAAAGGGGACGUGGAAACCAUAAAAUGGGACGUGAAAACCAUAAAAGGGGACGUGAAAACCGUAAAAAAGGACACGGAAACCAUGAAAGGUGACAUGGAAACCAUGAAAAAGGACAUGGAAACCAUAAAAGGGGACAUGGAAACCAUAAAAGGGGACGUGGAAUCCAUACCAGAGGACAUGGACACCAUAUAAAAGGACACAGAACCAUAAAAGGGGACAUGGAAACCAUAAAAGAAGACAUGGAAACCAUAAAAAAGGACACAGAAACCGUAAAAAAGAACCAGUUCUCAGUGACCCCUGGUCAGGGCCUGCCCCGCAUUGCACAGCCUGGGUCACCAUCCAUGGUAGGCAUGGUAUCCCAAGGUGAGGAGAGUGGCCCUUCACCAGGCCCGCUAGGGGACUUGGCCCUCAGUGAGGAGCAGCCAAUCUCCAAAAAAUCCCUGGCAUGGAGCAGGGUCCUCAAGUGGAAGGAGAAGUUCAAACCAGGCACCGACACCCUGCUGAUGCGGUCACUGCCUUGCCAGGUCUACUUGGAUCAUGGUGAGAAUCUGAAAACAGACCUGUGGCCUCAGAAGCUGAUCAUGAACUUGUUCCCCUCGCAGCAGCUGAUCCCACUGGGCCAUUAUAUCCGGAACUCAAGGAGGGUCCAGUUCUCCUUCACCAACCUGGACCUGGAGUCCCACAAAAGCCUCUACCACACUAUAGGCAACGACUGUGGGGGCUUCGUGCACUUUCUCUUCAUGGACCACAGCAAGUUGCGCAUAUAUAUGCUCCUGUUGUCCCCCAAGAAGAAGACCUUCAUGGGCCUCAUUCCCUAUGACCAGAAGGGCUUCCUCAACAGAAUGACACAGAUUGUGCGGCAGGAGCUCAAGAAAGAUCGUCAGACUUCCACCGUCAAACAAAUGCCCGAGAAUGUUCACUGCAGUAUGUAUUCCUAACUGGGGAGAAUGAGAUGUUCCAAAGAAGACCUGCAGCGGCUUGGGCUGCGAUAACAGGACUGUACCGAGGACUUCAAUAACAGAAAUGCAUUCUCUCACCACUCUGGAGGCUGGAUGUCCAAGGCCUCUCUCCUUGGCUUGUAGAUGGCCAUCGUCUCCCCCUGUUCCUCUGUGUGUCUGUGUCCAAUCUCUGCUGUGGUUACAAAGAACGAGGGGUGAGGGUGGGAUGAGGGGGGCUUUAUUUACUUGUGUAUGUCUGUAUGUGUGGCAGAUUGGAUUAUUCUCAAUUCUUCACUCUCUGCCUUGCCCUGGCUUUGAGCCUCUCCCAGAGUGGGCCAAGUAUAUUUCCCUGCCCCAUGGAUGUUGAGCUUGCCCAGGUGACUUGGUCUGGCCAAUGGAAUUUAGAUGGAGGUAACAGAGUGGAAGCCUUAAAUGUGCUUCCUUGGCAUAGCUUGAUCUCUUGGGCUGAUGUGACCUUCAGUGAGAAGAAUAGACCCUGGGAAAUGGCUGGUCGCAGGGAAAUGUGAAGCCGUGAUGAGCAGAGCUGAACCCAACCUCAGCCUAGUGCUAGCUCAGUGACCCACGCACCCCUGAGCAAGAAAAAUGCAUGCUUACCUUGAAACAUGCUGAGUGAUGUGAGCCAGACAAAAGGACAACUAUUGCAUGCUUCCAUUUCUGUGAGCUAUCUAGAUAAGCAAUUUCAUACCCCGUCUACUAGAGGCCGCCAGAGGCUUGGGGAUUAUUGCAUGGUACAGAGUUUCUGCUUGGGGGAUGAAAAGGUUUGGGAACAGUUACAAUAGUUGCACAACAUCACAGAUGCACUUAAUACCACUCAAUAGGGCACUUAAAAUGGUAAAUUUUAUUAUAUAUAUUAUAUCACAAUUAAAAAAUAAUAAUGCCAUAAUAUACCAAAACCAUUGAAUUUAUACUUCACUUAUUUUUUUUUUAACCAGAAUUAUCAUUUUAAUUAGUUUUAACAGUCUCUCACCCAAAUUCUGGCUAAGAAAAAAAUUAUUUUUUAAAUAUAUACAGAUAUUUUUUAUUGUUGACAGUAUUACAGAAGUCUCCUAUUUUCCCUUUACCUGCCUCCACAUAGCCCCCACUGCCCCCCACCCCAGGUUUUCACCCCCUAUUGUCUGUGUCCAUGGGCUACGCAUAUAAGUAUUUAAGCUCUUUGGUUUCUCCUGAUCCCUCCACCCCCACAGCAAGGUGUGUCAGUCUGUUCCAUGCCUCUGUGCUUCAGGCCAUAUUUUUUUGGUCAAUUCAUUUUGUCUAUUAGAUUCCAAAACUAAGUGAGAUAAUGUGAUAUUUGAUAACAAUUCCAGAAACAUUCAAUUGAAAGUGAAGCAAGUGCAUUCCUGCUUUAAAUUAGUAGUAUUAAAAAAAAUCACAAGAAAUCUCAUUAUUUAACAUACUUUGUACAUUUAAAUACAUUUCAUUUUAAAUAAAUAUGUUUAGCCCUAGCUGGUCGGGCUCAGUCAAUAGAGCGUUGGCCUGCGG